AUGUCGGUGAGCCGGCCCGGCACCGCCGCGUCGUGGAUCAGCGCCACGGGCAGCAUCGGAAGGUCGGGAACCACCAUCACUGCCGGUGGACCGCCUCCUCCCGGUGUCAGCGCGGAAAUGUUGCAGGGCGGCAUCAUGAAGACUAUCAGCGUCGAGGUCGUUGAGGAGACUAUCGAUGACGCCGAGGGCCUCACCGGCGAGGACUGGCGAGGCAUCCUCAAGGGAUCUCGGUAA